AUGGAUCGUGACGAUUGGAUGUACAAACAAAGUCCUGUUAGUGCAAAAUAUAUAAUGGGUGUUCAAAGUUUUCUUAAGGCCGCCAAAGCUCAUCGGGUUCGGGCUACGAAGGUUGUAGUUCAAAAGCCCAAAAGGAAACAAUCUAACCCGAAGCAACCUAAAGGAAAACAAAAGAAGGCCAAAGGCAAUGAAAAACAGGCCCAACCUAAAGUGACAGAUCAGGACAAGCAAGCCGAAAAAGUUGAGCUAGGCUUGAAAUUAAUCCAACUAAGACCCAAAUGGUUCAAGGAUAUGGUUCGUCGACUAAAAGAACAUAUCAAGGACGAUUGGAAGACUCAGCUGACCUUCAAUGUAGAUGAAACUAUGUUUCCUAUGGAGUUGGGUCCAAUACAUGUCGAACCUGAAUCAUUGUUAGCACUAAAUAUCAACGGCUGGUUUUUUUUUUGUUUAAGCUACUUGCAUAGAGUGCUAAAGGCUGAAAAAGACAACCAAUGUGCCUUUUUAAACGUGAACACAAUCAGUGGUCAAAUGUGUAAAGAAAUGAGAGCAGAAGUUGAAGAACACAUUAGGACUAUGGUGCGUUAUCAUGACGAUAAAGAAUUCAUCCUUGCACCUUAUUGGGCCGAUGGACAUUGGACUUUGUUCAUUAUUGCCGUAAAAGUACGACGGGUAUAUAUUUUAGAUUCACUAUUCAAAAAGGGCAACAAGAAUCAUAGCCGCUAUCUUCUUACAAGUGUGAUUGAAAGCGCCUUGCUGCCAAUAAAACCCACAUUUGAUAUGGUUAAUUGCAAUCAACAAGCUGAGACAUGGGAAUGCGGCUAUAUACUUCUUCAAUCUGUGUUCGAUUUUGUCAAUGUGUAUCAAAAGCAAUUUCCCAGAAUGUGGAACGACACGAAAGUGGCUACAGAUGAAGAUAUAGAAAAGACGUUGAAGGAAUUGAUGCCAAUUUUAUUUGACGGGUUGGGCAUUCCUUAGUUUAAAUAUAGUUUGU